AUGGCGGCGCUGGCGCCGGGCGGGAGCACGGCCGGGCUGUGCCCGCUCCUGCUGCUGCUGCUGCCGCUGCUCUCGGCGGCGCUGCCCGGGAUGCUGCCCCCCAGGGACACCCCCUCCCGAGAGCGCAAGGAGCUCGGCGGCCUCUGGAGCUUCCGCGCCGACCUGUCCCCGGGCAGGGACGCCGGGUUCGCGCAGCGCUGGUACCGGCAGCCGCUCCGGCAGACUGGCCCUGUGAUUGACAUGCCAGUGCCCUCCAGCUUCAAUGACAUCACCCAGGACCCCAGCCUGGAGAACUACAUCGGCUGGGUGUGGUAUGAGAAGGAGGUGCUGCUCCCUGCCCGCUGGCUGCAGGACUCCCCCAGCACCAGGGUGGUGCUGCGUUUUGGGAGUGCCCAUUACUACUCCAUCGUGUGGGUCAACGGGGUGCAAGUGGUGGAGCAUGAAGGGGGACACCUCCCUUUUGAAGCUGAUAUCAGCAGUGUUGUCCAGGGCAGCCCAGGGACCCUCUGCCGCAUCACUGUCGCGGUCAACAACACCCUGACACCCCACACUCUGCCCCCGGGGUCCAUCCAGUACAUGACUGACAAAACAAGGUAUCCCAAGAACUAUUUUGUGCAGAACAUCAAGUUUGAUUUCUUUAAUUACGCUGGAAUCCAUCGCCCGGUUGUGCUUUACACCACUCCUUCUGCCUACAUAGAUGACAUUACUGUGACAACUACUUCAUCAGAGCAUGUUGCAAUGGUGCAGUACGAGGUGUCAGUUGUUGGCAGCACAGCCUAUUCCUUGUCCCUGAGUUUACGUGACCAGGAGGGGAAAGUGGUUGCUACGGGAGAUGGGCCAGAGGGAGAGCUCAAAGUCCUGAACCCAAAUCUUUGGUGGCCUUACCUUAUGCACGAGAACCCUGGAUACCUCUACUCCUUAGAGGUGAAAAUGCAGGCGCAGGUGCGCGGGGCGUUGCUGGAGGACGUGUACACGCUCCCGGUCGGCAUCCGCACCGUCCACGUCACCAGCACCCAGUUCCUCAUCAACGGCAGGCCCUUCUACUUCCACGGCGUCAACAAGCACGAGGAUGCUGAUAUCCGUGGGAAAGGCCUUGACUGGGCCCUGAUUAUGAAGGACUUCAACCUGCUGCGCUGGCUGGGGGCGAACUCGUUCCGCACCAGCCACUACCCCUACGCCGAGGAGAUCAUGGACCUGUGCGACGCCUACGGCAUCGUGGUCAUCGACGAGUGCCCGGGGGUGGGCAUCAAACUGCCCGAGAGCUUUGGGAAUAAGUCCUUGAAUCACCACCUGGCUGUGAUGGAGGAGCUGAUCCGCAGGGAUAAGAACAGGCCCUCAGUUGUGAUGUGGUCAGUGGCCAACGAGCCGGCCUCGGAGCUGCCCCCAGCAGGCUUCUACUUUAAGUAAAAGGUUGUCUACGUUGAGCUCUGGGACAAAACACUCUCACUUUGUUUUUUGUAGGCUCCCUAUGUGGAUGUGAUUUGUGUAAAUAGCUACUUCUCCUGGUACCACGACCCAGGCCACCUGGAAGUGAUUCCACUACAGCUCACAGCACAGUUUGAGAACUGGUAUAAAACCUACCAAAAGCCCAUUAUCCAGAGCGAAUACGGAGCAGACUCAGUUCCUGGACUCCACAGUGAUCCCCCUCUCAUGUUCAGUGAGGAGUACCAGAAGGCCAUGCUAAAGGAGUACCACUCUGUUUUUGACAAGAAGAGGAAGGAGUAUGUGAUUGGGGAACUCAUAUGGAAUUUUGCUGAUUUCAUGACUAAUCAAGGGACCACACGUGUUUUGGGGAACAAGAAAGGAAUAUUCACCCGCCAGCGACAGCCCAAAGCAGCUGCAUUUGUUCUUAGAGAGAGAUACUGGAAGAUUGCAAAUGAAUCAAGCUGUCUUCCUCCUGUAAUAACAUCACAUUCCUUCUUUCUAAAAUGAAAUCAAAGGGUUUUAUGCUGAACUUGUUAGUAAAUUUCUGUUUAAAUAA